GUUCCGCCCGGCGUGAGUGAGCGAGUUUUGGGUCCUUUUUUUUUAAAGAUGGCGGCCGCAGCGGGCUUGGAGUUCCAGCGAGCCCAGUCCCUGCUCAGCACCGACCGCGAGGCCUCCAUCGGCAUCCUCCACUCCAUCGUGAAGCGGGAUGUCCAAGAGAACGAUGAAGAGGCCGUGCAGGUCAAGGAGCAGAGCAUCUUGGAGCUGGGGAGUCUUCUCGCCAAGACCGGGCAAGCAGAAGAGCUCGGAGGGCUCCUGAAGUACGUGCGCCCGUUCUUGAACUCCAUCAGCAAAGCGAAGGCAGCUCGUCUGGUUCGGUCCCUGCUGGACUUGUUCCUGGACAUGGAGGCAGCAACUGGACAAGAGGUUGACUUGUGUCUUGAAUGCAUUGAGUGGGCCAAAUCAGAGAAGAGGACGUUCCUGCGCCAAGCUCUGGAGGCCAGGCUGGUGUCUUUGUACUUUGACACUAAAAGGUACCAGGAGGCACUGCAAUUAGGGUCACAGCUUUUGCGGGAGUUGAAGAAGAUGGACGACAAGGCCCUGCUAGUGGAAGUCCAGCUGCUAGAGAGCAAGACCUAUCAUGCCUUGAGCAACCUGCCAAAAGCCAGAGCAGCAUUAACCUCUGCUCGAACCACAGCCAACGCCAUCUAUUGCCCACCCAAACUGCAGGCAGCCCUGGACAUGCAGUCAGGCAUCAUCCAUGCUGCGGAGGAGAAAGACUGGAAGACGGCCUACUCUUAUUUCUACGAGGCGUUUGAGGGCUACGACUCCAUCGACAGCCCCAAAGCCAUCACGGCACUGAAGUACAUGUUGCUGUGCAAGAUCAUGCUCAACUUGCCUGAGGAUGUUCAGGCGCUUGUGAGCGGGAAGCUUGCCCUGCGGUAUGCUGGCAGACAGACAGAAGCGCUAAAGUGUGUGGCGCAGGCCAGUAAGAAUCGAUCACUGGAUGACUUCAAAAAGGCUCUGAAAGAUUAUAAAGUGGAACUCAGGGAUGACCCCAUCAUCAAUACACAUUUGGGCAAACUUUACGAUAACUUAUUGGAACAGAACCUGAUCCGGGUCAUUGAGCCGUUCUCCAGAGUGCAGAUUGAACACAUAUCUGGCCUUAUCAAGUUGUCAAAGGCGGAUGUGGAAAGGAAACUCUCGCAGAUGAUUCUGGACAAGAAGUUCCACGGAAUCCUUGACCAAGGAGAAGGCGUCCUGAUAAUUUUUGAUGAACCACCUGUAGACAAAACUUACGAAGCUGCUCUGGAGACGAUUCAGAAUAUGAGCAAAGUAGUGGAUUCGUUAUACAACAAAGCCAAGAAACUGACAUAGAGUUGGGAACUGUUGCCUGUUGCUUUGGAGAGUGGGUGCGUGAAACCUUUUUUUGGAGGGGGGGGGGACAAAAGGCUGGAAGACUGGUGGUUUUCCCCCCACCUUCCCCAUUUUGCUCUACUUUUCCACUUGGAAAGUUUUACAACUUCCUCAUCUGAUCCAUCCUGUCUAUACAAAUUGUGUGUUCCAGUUUCCAUGUAACCCUUCACCCGCUGAACUUUGUACUGGGAUGGGGAAAUAAUGUUUUAAAAAGGAAAAAGAUUUUUUUUGGUGCGGGUGGGGAAAAGCAGGGAGGGGAGGAAGCAGCGGCAGUAUCCUGAAUAAAAGGAGAGGCUUAUGCUACCUUUAAAUAAUAAAAAUUGCUUCCCAUUUUCUUGCGGGUGGAGGGGGGGUGUUAAUUGUAUGUCGGUGGUAGGAAUUCAGCCACCCAAGGAACGCUGCACAUGGGAAUGCAGUACUCCACAGAAGGCAGCUCACCUGCACACCGUGUACCAUACUACCAUUGUAUGCACGUGUGCAUGCAUGCAGACGGCUGCGGCCAGUUACAGUAUCUUACGUGCCCAGCAAAAAGCCCCGGUGGGUUUUGCCCAAACUCCUCUUAGAUGAGAACUUUCCUUGCAGGAAUUUUAUCACUUGUGAAGAAGCCAGUUAGAAAGUGCAGGAGGUCCGGCAGCCAAAAUGGAAUCCGCUGGCUGCCUUCUGCCAGCGACACUACAGAAGAGCUCUUCAAGGGCUCCCUUGGCCUUAAAUGCUCCGUUGAGUUCUUGGAAGUGUUUAGCGCCCAGAGUCUGCUUGAAUUCUUUUUUCCUGCCGUUGUCAAAGGGUAAGGGACCACCCUGGUCUCUUAAGUAAUCCUGAACGUUUCCUGGUUCUGAACUGCAUAUUUCUCUCCCCCCAGCCAAAAAAAAAAAGAGGAAGGAAUAUGCUGACCUUAAUUUCACACAUUUGGAAGAACUGUGGAGCACUUGUGCUUCUGAUAAGGUUUGCUUUUCCUUAGGAUGGGAGGGGAGUGUUUUAGAAUUCCCAGCUGGCUGUUUCUGGGCUGUCCGGGGGCUUCUGUACUUGUGCCACCCCCAGACAUCUGCAAGGCAAAAAGUUGCCCUUCUUGGACUGAGGACCAGCCUGCUCGUGGCACCUGCCUCGGGGGAUGUUGCCAACAGCAGAGUAGCAUUUCUCCCCCAAUCUCUGCCGUGAUACCUGAGCACAUUUGCAUCACAAUCCUUCAGUUUUCCCUGCCUGAACACAGGCCAGUUCUAUAAGCUGGAGACAGGGGAGGCCGUGUUCUGACAUCUGCAGCGCCAGCUGGGGGAGUGCUCUUCAUUUAGAAAUCUUCACCUGGCAGCCCCUGGGCCAGAUUUUGUCCUCUGGUCACCCAGUUGCCAACUUGCAGGCAGUUGUGUGUCUGGAGGAAGCAGGAGCUGUGGGUUGCGGGGACACCCUGGGAGUAGGGCAGAGAGUGGGCCUGGCCUGGCAUCAUGACCCACACCAUUACUGGUUGGGCUGGCUUCCCCUGCUUCCUAUCAGCGUAGGGAACUCUGGGCGCUGCUUGCAGGUGUGAUGGGCAGGUGGGUGUUGGCUCCAGCAUCAUCUGCUGUUGGAUGCUGAAGUUGUCUUUACUGGGUCACUGACAUGGUGGUGUGGCCUUCUUCCCAGCUGCCAACCUCUUCCUUUCCUCCCUCCCUCUCCCUGCUUCUUUACCUUCAGUUUGUAGCAUUACUCUCCUGUACUAAGGACUCUGUUUGCAUUUGCAUGCCGUCUCUCCACUGGCUGACGACCCUCUGUUCCUUCCACUGCUUCUUUCCCUUUUCUUUAACUCUGUCUUUGUCGCAGCCAGUCCGGCGUUCUGGGGAGGUGAUCCGGGAGGGUCUGGGGUUUCGUUUUUUAUUUUGGUCUGGGGGAAGGGUUUGGCACCAUGAAUUUCAAAUGUACAAAUGGUUCACGCUAACACACACCAGGUAUAUCUGAUGUUCAGAUGGCAUACAAAUAAAUUUUUUUUUCAAAAACA